AGUGGUAUACCCUCAAGUGUGGAGAUGAGUAAGUGAGACCCUGAUCCGGGGUCGAACAUAAAUUAGGAACCUCAAAUUGCAGGCCGAGAUUCGAAAUUGCAGUGGGAGAUGGGAGAUGGGAGAUGGCAGAUGGGCUUGGGCAAGAAGCUCGCUCUUUAAUUAAUUCUUAGAACGGGUUUCAAGUAAAUACCCCUGGACUCAUAUGGACUCAUGUACAUAUGGUGUGUAUGUAAGCGAGUGUCUGGAUGUUGGACGAUAACCGGUAAACAAGACGACCAGCAAUUCCAAAUCCACUUCAUUUUUGGCAAUAUAAAUAGCCGUCUUCCCUCACUCACAGUCAAUUCAAAGUCAGCUUCCCAUCCAGACAGCAGCAUGUUCAAGACUAUCAUCGUCUUCCUGGCCCUUUCCAUGGCCGUCGUUCUGAGUGCUCCGGUGGAGCACGGCUCAUCCACCGCCCAGCCACCGGUGGCAAUUCUCGAAUCAUCUCACGAAAAGCACGAGGAUGGAUCGUACAACUUCUCCUACCUCGGCGAGGAUGGCACCCACAGACGGGAGGAGGCCGUGGUCAGGAACCAGGGCACUGAGAACGAGUACCUGGAGAUCAGCGGCUCCUACUCCUACUUCGAUGCCAACGGGCAGGAGGUAACCGUCACCUACAAGGCCGAUGACCAUGGAUUUGUGCCCGAGGGCGGUGCCAUUCUGCCCCAGAUUUCGCUGGCCGCCAAGCAGGUCAGCGAACAGGUGUCCCAGCCAGAUCUUGAUUACGAUAAGCCUCCUAAGGUCUAAUAAACAAGCACGUGAUAUAGAA